UUUCACCAGAGGCGGGGCGGGCGCGGGCGGCGGAUCGCCAAGCGGGCCCAGACCAGGAAGGAGCAGACGCUUUAGCGCAGGGCGUGCGGGGGUCUCCGGGGCCGCGGAGAGUGGCCUGCGGCCUUGUUUUUCGGGGACGGAGGCUUUGGGCUGGACGGGCGUCGCUCUGAGGUCAGGAAGUCGCAGACCUCUCCCUGUACGCGGCCCCGCUUACCCGCGCACCAUCCUCUUUGGGAUCGGACACCUCGGCCCAGCCCAGACCCAACCCGUCGUCACCCCCGACAGCGGGGACUAGGGGGGCGCUGCAGCCAUCUCCGGGGCUCUCCACCCAGGAUGACUUCUAGAUCAGAGAUUGUAGAAGUGCUAGAAGAGGAACCAGUGGCAUCCAAGACUCAUGAUCAUCAAUUGGAAUCAGAUCGCAAGCCUGCGGAAGCGUGUGGUAAUUCGUCCACCUCCCUGGAGAUGACUGAAGGCGUUUCAAAGGAACAGAUUCACCUUGGCUCUAGCCCUAAAAAAGGGGAAAGUUGUGAUCCCAGCCACCAGGAAGGACUUCAGUCCAGGUCCCUUUAUUUGUCCCCCCAAGAACAGUGUGCCCGUCACCAAGACAGGAGGCAAUCCUGGCGGCGAGCAAGUAUGAAAGAAACGAACCGGCGGAAGUCACUGCCUCCCUUUCAUCAGGGCAUCACAGAGCUCUGCAGAUCCAUCAGUGUCAACAUAGCAGAAAGCAAACGGCUGGGCUGUCUCCUGCUUUCCAGUUUCCAGUUCUCUGUUCAGAAACUUGAACCUUUCCUAAGGGGCACUGAGGGCUUCAGUCUUGAAAGUUUCAGAGCCAAAGCAUCUUCUCUUUCUGAAGAAUUGAAACAUUUUGCAGACAGACUGGAAAGUGAUGGAACUCUACAAAAAUGUUUUGAAGAUUCAGAAGGAAGAGCACCAGAUUUGUCUCUGGAAACAUCAGUGGCUGAGAUGAAGGAAUAUAUAACAAAGUUUUCUUUAGAACGUCAGAGUUGGGAUCAGCUCUUGCUGCGCUACCAGGAGGAGGCUGAAGAGAUCAUAUCCAGAGGAUCAACUGAAACCAAAAAUACUGAAGUUGAACCUACAGCAUAUCUUGGGUCUUCCCAGAGUGAAGUCCUUAAUACAAAGCCUGACUACCAGAAAAUAUUACAGAACCAGAAUAAAGUCUUUGAUUGUAUGGAGUUGGUGAUGGACGAACUGCAAGGAUCCAUGAAGCAGCUGCACGCCUUUAUGGAGGAAAGUACCCAGUGCCUCCAGAAGGUGUCAGUACAGCUCGGGAAGAGAAGCACGCAACAAUUAGAUCCUUCACCAGCUCGAAAACUGCUCAAGCUUCAGCUACGGAAGCAACCUAGCACACGUUGCUCUAAGUCUUGUCAGUGACCGUAUGCAGCUUUUCUGCCACAGGAUGCUCCGGAGGAGAGAAACAGGAAGAGUGCCCCAGUGCACGGCAACUGCACGACGGGCUAAGCUGUGACAUCGGCCCUGUUGCCUUUGAAGAUAACUGGCUGACUAUAAAGCACUUCGAUUUUUUUCUUAAAAUGAUGGAAUUUAUGCAUCUGAAAGAAUGUCAUAUAGAAACUUUUUCCAAGAAUGUGCAAAAUGCUUGAGACUUCUGCUUUGGAAUGACCUUGAGAACUAGUGGCCCAUUCUUUUAAAUAUCCUUUGUGAUCAGAAACCUUCCUUUUGUGAAGGUGUUUUUCAGGUUUUGAAACAACGCAGAGUCAUUCAGGGCCAAAUCCAAUAAACAUUUUAGGGGUCGUUCUGGUUGUAAAGGGAUGGGACUGAUUGCUAGUGUGGCUUUGAAGGUGAUUUUAGGUAGAGGAGUUGUGAGCAUUGUUAGCAUCGUGUGGAUACAUAAAUCACAUCACGACAUGUCCAAAUUGAAGGAAGUACCACUCAUUCUCUAUAUCCUGAUGUCUGUAGUGUGCUUUAGCUUUUAAUAUUGAGUCGACAUCCUAAAUCCUGGAUUCAUGGCAAGAAGGGGUUAAGUACCUCUUUUCAUUGUUCUCCAUAUUUGUUAAUAAUCUGCAUUAUAAGAUUGCACAUACUUAAAAGCUU